UACGUAACAAGCGGUCACGUGGGUUUAUGUCAACCAGCCUGUCGGGUGGGAGGGACCCGCUCUUCACCUCGGCAUUAAAAUCGGGACACAAUCUCCCGUCUGUCCCCCACUCUCCUCAGAUUGAGGGACUCAGUCAUGGCUGCGGAUGCAAAGUCGACUUGUUAUGAUGGAAGUUGUUCCCAAAGCUUUCAGUUCUACUUACGGCACUCUGGGGAACACGAGGCCAUUUUCCAAUGUCUCCGCAAGAUCCUGCCGGGAGAAUUCAAAAGAAUCGGAUUAGACAAAAGCAGCCUAGAUGUUCUCGGUGUUGGAAGUGGUGGAGGUGAGGUGGAUGCUCACAUACUCACUCUGCUGCAGUCUACAUGCCCUUCUGUCCCCAUCACUGCUGACAUAGUGGAGGGGAGCGCCGACCUCACGGACAGCUUCAAAGCUUUGGUAGCAAAGACCCCGAACCUCCAGAAGAUCCCAUUCGCUUGGCAUCUGAUGACCAGUGAGAACUAUGAGAAACAAGUCAAAGCUAAAGGAGACAUCAAGAAGUUUGACUUCAUACAGAUGGUUCAGAUGAUCUACUACGUGGAUAAUCUCGCCGGAACCAUCGCGUUCCACCGCAGCCUCCUGAAGAGCAACGGCAGGCUGAUGAUCAUCGUUGAAGCAGCCAACUCUGGCUGGGACAUCCUGUGGAAGACUUACAAGAAGGUGCUCGCCGUCGACGUCAUCACGGAGUACCGCUCGUCGGGAGAGGUCAUCGACUGCCUGAAGAGCCAGGGUCUGAGAUACGAGGAGCACGCCGUUCCCAACGCCUUCGACAUCACCGAGUGCUUCGAUCCCAGCAGCGAGACGGGAAAGCGUCUCCUGAAUUUCAUGACGGCGAAAGGCAGUUUCUACGAGUCCUUCACCCCGGAGAUCAGAGCGGGGAUUCUAGACCUUCUCAGAAACAAGUGCAGCACUGAGAAAGAUGGCAGGGUGCUAUUCAACAGUGAUUUGAGCUGCAUACUUGUUCAUGCUUGAGUGGUCCUCUGGAAAUGAGUGCAUAUAUUUGCCUUAACUGUACGUAAAGCAACAUUUUCAAUAAACAUGAUCUCUCAUGGUCAAAGACAAUUGCUGAAA